ACAUUUGAUGAAGAACCUUUCGUUCAACCGGCCUUUCUUCCGUUCAUUGUUUCAUCAUCUUCUGCAGUGGAAUUUGUUAUCAAAGGGGUGUCAUCUUUUUGUUUAAGGUAAGAAAGCUUUCCCAUGCAUAGUGGAUACCUAAAGUUGUAGAAUCUAUCGAUAUCUACAGUACAUCUAGUUUCAAAUCACGGGGUGAACUGCGGGCCCUUUUGCAUUGUGAGGGCAUUUUAAUAGAUUUCGUUUCUUGUUUGGUACACCAUUGGUUGAAAAACCAGGAAAAAAGAGCCUUAUUAGCACACAACCGAUCGAUUGACAUCAUCUUGUAAACAGCAACAAUAUUAACAACAUGGCUUUCUGACAGUGCCCAAUUGCUGGUUGCACGUGACGUCACGACGGCCGUGUUGGUAGUCCAGAACAAAAGCAUUUCUCUCCUCUGGGAACUGAACUUUAUUUUCAUGUAAAUCCUUUGCGAAAAAUUCUGUUGUGUUGUGGUCCAACAUAGAGAAUAGAGUUUGAAAAUAAAUAGAAAUAAGUAACAUCAAUUUCUCCUACCAUUAAACAAAGGCACGUUUAACGUGCAUGAGCUAUUUUGAAUGCUUCAGUGUAACCUUAAUGCUUUGGUGUAACCUUACCAAGAGUGAUGAAUCUACCUUUUUCAUCCAAAAUGUAAUGUGGGUUUUUGCCCAAAAUUGGGUAUUGCGGUAUAUAAAAUUAAUGAAAACGCAAAAUGCUCAGCUUAGUCAAUCCUCAUACUAUAUAUUCACUUUUCUCUGUCUUUCCUUGACAGAUCUAGUUCAAGGUAAACAAAUUUGUAAAGUGCAAUAAACAUCAACCCACCAAAUGUUGAUUAGAGGGAAAAAUCUACGGUUUCCUCGGAGUUUCUUAAAAAAUGUGGCUCAUUGAAUACCGAAUGCUCAUGAAAAACCAGCAUUUUUAUCAUAAUUUGUGGUAGAUGGUUGCAUUAUCAUAAUUCCUGAGGUUUUCACAUGCAUUUCUACUCAGUGAAACAAUCUUUAACUCUGAAAACUUAAUUCUUCAUGGUUAAAUGCUAUUGCUUCUCAAAAUACAAGAGCCUUUUUUACAGCGGUUACCACUAACAUGUGCCCUUGAAGGGUUUUUUCUCCCUGUUGAAACCCUAGUUUUCAUGUACGUCAAUCAACUGUUUCCAUGGUUUUCUCACACGCUUCGACAGAAGGUUCUCUCAUCCCUGAAUGAAGGGCGAAGCCUUACAAGAAUAAUUUCCAAUGACGACAGCAUUUUUAAUUUUAUUUAUUUCAUUAAGAUGAAAGAUUUCAUUGUUAAAACAACGAGGUCUCUGUGAGCUGAGUGAAUAGCCAAAACACUCUCUAUAGUUAACGUUAAUUUUUUAGGAAGAAAACAUGGUAGCCAUGGACAAAUUGCCAAGGAGCGUUCAAAGAAUUAUAUUCAAAGAAACAAAAGAUAUCACACCAACAAGGGAAAAAAGUUUCCUCUGAAUGGAGACUGUUUUCGAAAAUGAAUUUUGUAACCAGCAGAUUUACUUAUCAUUCUUCCUGUUAUCGAAUAGAAUCCAGAACUAGUAAGAACUCAGGUGAGUUGCCAGCAUGUACUAAGAAAGUUUAUGUGGUUAUAGCUUACAGUUUUGUGUAAAAAAGUCGAUAAUUUGAGUUUCCUCCGACAAACACUCAUCAUACUCCUUGAAAUCUUGACAUGAAGAGGUGUCAGAUCCUGUAGCAAAGUAUUGCAAAAACCGCUUAAAUGCCAAAAUUUUCAUCCGAGUGCUCGAGAAAGGGGGAAAAAAUCUUCUCUUGGUCAACGGUUGAUUGACGUUCACUGAACCGUAGGUCUGAAUAGAGGAAAAACCCGUUUGAGGGCUCGUGUUAACCACUGUAAGGCAUUGGUUACAAAACGAAACAGGUCUUUAUACAUUCAAGUUACUAUUAUUACUGUGCAAAGCCAAUCUGCAUGAGAUGUACAGUCACACAGCUGGCACGUGAAAGUGUUGGACUUUGCCCCCUUUUGUGGUUCGUACGUGAGGGAAUUCAAGUUAUCACACAGUAAUUGAGUUAUCACACAGUAAUCUACUUUUGAACAGUACUGUAGUAAACAGGAUUGUAAAAAUAACUCAUAAACACAAUUUGCAUGUGAAGAUGUUGGACUUUGCCCCUUUGAAAAAUUUGUAUGUGAAAGAACACAUAUUGUUUACAAGAUUACUAAAUGCUCAAACGAUUUUAACAAAUCACCUCCUUUUCUAACAUCUGCAAUAAAAUUAUUAUCAUUAAUUACUUGACUUCUAACAGAAUGAUUGUCUACUGAACACUGAUUUCUACUCAUCUCAUGUUAUUUUACUCAAUGAAACAAUCUGUAAUAUAUUAUUAUUUUGUCAACUGGCUACUAUACUUCCAAGUUUAUUUGCUAACGCAAAAGUUACGCAUCUUUACUUUGUCACUGGGUAAAUUAAAUACUAUGUUUUAAUUCAACAAGUCGAUAUGUUGUGUAACAGUUAUUAUAUAUCCUUGAGUUUUAUUUAUUGAAUGGCAUUCCAUAUGUUUAUAGCAGAUUUAAUACCUUAACUACAUGAAACACUGUGUGACAAGCCUUUAUAGCAGAUCUUAUGCCUUAACUACAUGUACCACUGUGACAAGCCUUUACCAUGUACUUGAAAUGAACCAUGGGAAUCCUCAGAUCCAAUAAUGGAGAGGCAUAAAAGUUCAUUGUACAUGUAUUAAGGCAUACAUGGUUUUGAAGUGGGCAGGGGUAUUUCAAGAGUUCAGUAUACAAGUCAGCUACAGUGUACUACAGUGUAUAAGGUCUGGUGGCUCUUUUCAGAGUUUUUCAUUUUUUUAGCUGUCUUACGUGUAGGCUUCCUAGAAAACAAAUGAUGCAUUUCAGACGACAAUAUUUGAAGUAAUGGCCAGAAACUACAUACAGUAGUUUUAUCUUUAACUAAUAACAACGUUUAUAUCAAUAGGAACUCUAACUGUAAUCAGAAGCACUCAAUGUCAUAUAAGCUUUCACCAGCACGUAGUGAAAGUGUCACCUCUGAAGAACACCUAAAUGUCCACACAAGGCAAAAGCUGUAUAGAUGUAAGCAGUCUGACUGGGACGUAGGAAUCUUGCUACACAUUUUGACCGUUCAAAAACUGUGGGAUUCUAAUAAUUUUCUUCGAGGGCUAGCUCCGGGCCUUUUGGAUGGAUUUUCGAUCGGAAGGUACGACAAGAAGCGCAAAUCUUUCAACCCUUUUGCUGCGAAGUUUGAAAGCGGAGCGAUGUGAUUUUCUAGGGGAAAAUCGCUCCUGCGCUGGAGCCCUUUCAAAACAAGGAUUCCUCCCUUGUCCUUCUAUUGUUAGGAACAGUAAACAGCGAAGUCAAACUCCUACAAAAUCGCUCAAAAACCGCUUUUGAGGCAAAAAGACGACUAUAAUACACAGGUAAGGUAAUUCAACGUUUAUUUAUAUACAAACUAAGCGAUAUAUCGCUAUAGGUGAGGCAAACAGUAAAUCUAGUACAUUUACUGUAACAUAACAAGUCAUAACAUCGGUUACACACAGAGAUUGUGUGAGCGCCCUGAAGUCAUCUUAGCUUAAGUUCCUCGGUGACUUACACACUUUAGUUUAAACUCAAACACAUACUACAAUCUUAACGUUAAGAUUUCCGUACAGCCCCAUACAUUUAUUAUGCGUACAUUUUUCGACUCGACUAUACUGAUUCAUGUUAUUUUGUGUGAAGCAGUCUGCAGUUGCUGCAUACAAUGCAUAAUCAACGGAUUGUACGGAAAUCUUACCCAAACUUAAAUAAGUUCACUUUACCUCUCAUUUCAAUCUCUAAAAACUUGUUUUCUACCUUCUUCACUGAUCACAAAAAGAAUUUUAGUUGGCACUGUCACAAUUUAGUGUAUCAGCUCCACUUCGUUCCCGUGGCGUUCCCGCGGCGUGACAAGCAAGGAGCACAUGUGACGAGAUAUUGUGACAGUUCUGUGACGUAACGGACAUCAUGCUACACUCGUCCCCAUAUCCCAACGUCGAGUUAACAUUUGAUGAAGAACCUUUCGUUCAACCGGCCUUUCUUCCGUUCAUUGUUUCAUCAUCUUCUGCAGUGGAAUUUUUUUUAAAAGGGUCGUCAUCUUUUUGUUUAAGGUAAGAAAGCUUUCCCAUGCAUAGUGGAUACCUAAAGUUGUAGAAUCUAUCGAUAUCUACAGUACAUCUAGUUUCAAAUCACGGGGUGAACUGCGGGCCCUUUUGCAUUGUGAGGGCAUUUUAAUAGAUUUCGUUUCUUGUUUGGUACACCAUUGGUUGAAAAACCAGGAAAAAAGAGCCUUAUUAGCACACAACCGAUCGAUUGACAUCAUCUUGUAAACAGCAACAAUAUUAACAACAUGGCUUUCUGACAGUGCCCAAUUGCUGGUUGCACGUGACGUCACGACGGCCGUGUUGGUAGUCCAGAACAAAAGCAUUUCUCUCCUCUGGGAACUGAACUUUAUUUUCAUGUAAAUCCUUUGCGAAAAAUUCUGUUGUGUUGUGGUCCAACAUAGAGAAUAGAGUUUGAAAAUAAAUAGAAAUAAGUAACAUCAAUUUCUCCUACCAUUAAACAAAGGCACGUUUAACGUGCAUGAGCUAUUUUGAAUGCUUCAGUGUAACCUUAAUGCUUUGGUGUAACCUUACCAAGAGUGAUGAAUCUACCUUUUUCAUCCAAAAUGUAAUGUGGGUUUUUGCCCAAAAUUGGGUAUUGCGGUAUAUAAAAUUAAUGAAAACGCAAAAUGCUCAGCUUAGUCAAUCCUCAUACUAUAUAUUCACUUUUCUCUGUCUUUCCUUGACAGAUCUAGUUCAAGGUAAACAAAUUUGUAAAGUGCAAUAAACAUCAACCCACCAAAUGUUGAUUAGAGGGAAAAAUCUACGGUUUCCUCGGAGUUUCUUAAAAAAUGUGGCUCAUUGAAUACCGAAUGGUCAUGAAAAACCAGCAUUUUUAUCAUAAUUUGUGGUAGAUGGUUGCAUUAUCAUAAUUCCUGAGGUUUUCACAUGCAUUUCUACUCAGUGAAACAAUCUUUAACUCUGAAAACUUAAUUCUUCAUGGUUAAAUGCUAUUGCUUCUCAAAAUACAAGAGCCUUUUUUACAGCGGUUACCACUAACAUGUGCCCUUGAAGGGUUUUUUCUCCCUGUUGAAACCCUAGUUUUCAUGUACGUCAAUCAACUGUUUCCAUGGUUUUCUCACACGCUUCGACAGAAGGUUCUCUCAUCCCUGAAUGAAGGGCGAAGCCUUACAAGAAUAAUUUCCAAUGACGACAGCAUUUUUAAUUUUAUUUAUUUCAUUAAGAUGAAAGAUUUCAUUGUUAAAACAACGAGGUCUCUGUGAGCUGAGUGAAUAGCCAAAACACUCUCUAUAGUUAACGUUAAUUUUUUAGGAAGAAAACAUGGUAGCCAUGGACAAAUUGCCAAGGAGCAUUCAAAGAAUUAUAUUCAAAGAAACAAAAGAUAUCACACCAACAAGGGAAAAAAGUUUCCUCUGAAUGGAGACUGUUUUCGAAAAUGAAUUUUGUAACCAGCAGUACUCAUUCUUCCUGUUAUCGAAUAGAAUCCAGAACUAGUAAGAACUCAGAUGAGUUGCCAGCAUGUACUAAGAAAGUUUAUGUGGUUAUAGCUUACAGUUUUGUGUAAAAAAGUCGAUAAUUUGAGUUUCCUCCGACAAACACUCAUCAUACUCCUUGAAAUCUUGACAUGAAGAGGUGUCAGAUCCUGUAGCAAAGUAUUGCAAAAACCGCUUAAAUGCCAAAAUUUUCAUCCGAGUGCUUGAGAAAGGGGGAAAAAAUCUUCUCUUGGUCAACGGUUGAUUGACGUUCACUGAACCGUAGGUCUGAAUAGAGGAAAAACCCGUUUGAGGGCUCGUGUUAACCACUGUAAGGCAUUGGUUACAAAACGAAACAGGUCUUUAUACAUUCAAGUUACUAUUAUUACUGUGCAAAGCCAAUCUGCAUGAGAUGUACAGUCACACAGCUGGCACGUGAAAGUGUUGGACUUUGCCCCCUUUUGUGGUUCGUACGUGAGGGAAUUCGAGUUAUCACACAGUAAUUGAGUUAUCACACAGUAAUCUACUUUUGAACAGUACUGUAGUAAACAGGAUUGUAAAAAUAACUCAUAAACACAAUUUGCAUGUGAAGAUGUUGGACUUUGCUCCUUUAAAAAAUUUGUAUGUGAAAGAACACAUAUUGUUUACAAGAUUACUUUGCUCAAACGAUUUUAACAAAUCACCUCCUUUUCUAACAUCUGCAAUAAAAUUAUUAUCAUUAAUUACUUGACUUCUAACAGAAUGAUUGUCUACUGAACACUGAUUUCUACUCAUCUCAUGUUAUUUUACUCAAUGAAACAAUCUGUAAUAUAUUAUUAUUUUGUCAACUGGCUACUAUACUUCCAAGUUUAUUUGCUAACGCAAAAGUUACGCAUCUUUACUUUGUCACUGGGUAAAUUAAAUACUAUGUUUUAAUUCAACAAGUCGAUAUGUUGUGUAACAGGUAUUAUAUAUCCUUGAGUUUUAUUUAUUGAAUGGCAUUCCAUAUGUUUAUAGCAGAUUUAAUACCUUAACUACAUGAAACACUGUGUGACAAGCCUUUAUAGCAGAUCUUAUGCCUUAACUACAUGUACCACUGUGACAAGCCUUUACCAUGUACUUGAAAUGAACCAUGGGAAUCCUCAGAUCCAAUAAUGGAGAGGCAUAAAAGUUCAUUGUACAUGUAUUAAGGCAUACAUGGUUUUGAAGUGGGCAGGGGUAUUUCAAGAGUUCAGUAUACAAGUCAGCUACAGUGUACUACAGUGUAUAAGGUCUGGUGGCUCUUUUCAGAGUUUUUCAUUUUUUUAGCUGUCUUACGUGUAGCCUUCCUAGAAAACAAAUGAUGCAUUUCAGACGACAAUAUUUGAAGUAAUGGCCAGAAACUACAUACAGUAGUUUUAUCUUUAACUAAUAACAACGUUUAUGUCAAUAGGAACUCUAACUGUAAUCAGAAGCACUCAAUGUCAUAUAAGCUUUCACCAGCACGUAGUGAAAGUGUCACCUCUGAAGAACACCUAAAUGUCCACACAAGGCAAAAGCUGUAUAGAUGUAAGCAGUGUGGAAAGUAUUAUAAAACAACAGGAAAUCUCAAGAUUCAUGAAAGAAUCCACAGUGGGGAAAAGGCUUUCAAGUGUAAAGAGUGUGGCAAGUGGUUUAGCCAAUCAUCACACCUAAGAGUUCAUGAAAGAGUUCACACUGGGGAAAAGCCUCAUGCAUGUAAACAGUGUGGUAAGUGUUUUAGUGAAGCAGGAAACCUAAAGCGUCACGAAAGAGUUCACACUGGGGAAAAGCCUUAUGAAUGUAAGCAGUGUGGCAAGUGUUUUAUUGAUGCGUCAACCCUAUUGAAGCACGAAAGAGUUCACACUGGAGAAAAGCCUUACAAAUGUAAAUAUUGUGACUAUUGUUUUAGCCAAGUAGGACGCCUAAGAAUCCAUGAAAGAAAUCACACUGGGGAAAAGCCCUAUGGAUGUAAACAGUGUGACAAGUGCUUUACUGAAGCAGUACGACUAAGACUUCAUGAACGAAGUCACACUGGAGAAAAGCCUUAUGAAUGUAAACAAUGUGGCAAGUGUUAUAGCCAGGUAGGAAAUCUAAGAAUCCAUGAAAGAGUCCAUACUGGGGAAAAGCCUUAUGAAUGUAAACAGUGUGGAAAGGUGUUUUGCCAUAAAGGAAGUCUUAGAGCCCAUGAAAAAGUGCACACUGGGGAAAAGCCUUAUGAAUGUAAACAGUGUGGCAAGUGUUUUAGUGUUGUAGGAAGCCUUAGUAGGCAUGGAAGAAUCCAUACGUGUGUAAAGUUGCAUGAAUAA